UUCACCACCUAACAGCCACUUGCUCAUCCUGCCUGUGCAUUAGCUUGACUCCAAAGAUGCCUCAGUUACUGCGAAACAUUAAUGGGAUCAUCGAAGCCUUUGGGCGAUACGCCAGGAUGGAGGGCAACUGCAAAAUGCUCACCCGGGGGGAGCUGAAAAGGCUCUUGGAGCAUGAGUUUGCUGAUGUCAUUGUGAAACCCCAUGAUCCUGCCACUGUGGAUGAAGUCCUGUGCCUGCUAGAUGAAGAUGACACAGGGACUGUGGAGUUCAAGGAAUUCCUGGUCCUGGUGUUUAAAGUCGCCCAAGCCUGUUUCAAGACACUGAGCGAGAGUCCUGAGGGGGCUUGUGGAUCUCAAGAGUCUGGAAUUUGCCCUGCUGGGGACUCACAAGAGCUGGGGAAAGGGCAGAACAGGAGAACUGAGGUGGAGGUGGCUAGGGAAGGACAGCACUGUGAGGAGAGCCAACAUAGACAGAGCACACAAGCCUCCAGAGGACAGGUAGGGGCCAGGGCUCAGACCCACGGUCAGGAUAUUGGCCAGGAUAGGCAGUCUGAGUCUCAGAGACAAGAGAGAGAGAGUUGGCAGACACAAGCUGGGGAAUGUACAUGGCAGACACAAGCUGGGGAAUGUACACAGCAGACCCAGAGAGUGGGAGAAGACAAGAGCCACCAGACCAGAGAGAGGGAGUCAGAGAGACAGUCGCAGGCCAGGGAACAGGAUAGAGCCCACCAGACAAGUGAAACAGUUACUGGAACUGGAACUCAGACCCAGACAGAUACCACCCAGACUAUGGGGGAAGACAGGAGCAGUCAGAUAGGAAGCCCUGGUACCCAGCCACAGGAGUCCACCCAGACCAGAGGGACUGAGGUCCAGGGUCAAGAUAGGAGUCAGACAAGCCAGAUAGUGGCAGGAGAACAUGUUCAGACACCAGGAGGUGUCACCCAGACCACAGAGCAGGACAGGAGUGGUCAUAUAGGAAGCCCUGGCACCCAGCCACAGGAGUCCACCCAUGGCCAGACCAGAGGGACUGAGGUCCAGGGUCAAGAUAGGAGUCAGACAAGCCAGAUAGUGGCAAGAGAACAUGUUCAGACACCAGGAGGUGUCACCCAGACCAUGGAGCAGGACAGGAGUGGUCAUAUAGGAAGCCCUGGCACCCAGCCACAGGAGUCCACCCAUGGCCAGACCAGAGGAACUGAGGUCCAGGGUCAAGAUAGGAGCCAGAUAAGCCAAGUGGUGACAGGAGGGCACAUUCAAACACAGGCAGGAUCACAAACCCAGACACACACCCAGACCGUGGAGCAGGGCAAGAGCCAGUCUGCAAGGCACAUAGGGGAUAGAGAUGAGGGACAGAUUCAAAGGCAGUCAGACAGUGGUCAAAGAUGGACACAAGUAAGCCACUAUGAAGCAGAAGAGGCAGAGAUGGGAGGACAGGCCCAGGCUGGGGCAAGCACUCUGACAGGGAGACAGGACCGGAGCAGCACUCAACCAAGGUGUAGUGUGACAGGCGGACAGGGAGAGAGCGAAUCCACUGUGGUUACCCAAGAGUGGGUGGAUGACCACACAAGGGAUACAGCAAUCCCAAGGCAGGACCAGGGUAGCCUGCAUUCUGGCAUGCUUUCAGCCCAGGGCCCAGACACAGCCCAGCCAGAAGGAAAGCGAGGCCUCACAGCCAGGGGGCUGUAUUCCUACUUCAAAAGCAAUAAGCCAUGAGUGUCCCAGCCCCAGACUCCAGUGCCCAGUACCAGAAGAAGACAGCUGCAGAGGGGUUGGCUUGUCCUGCCCUGGCCAGUCCAGUUGGCAUGUCAGCUCUUUAUCAUGGUGUUUCUCUUAGGUCUUUCUCAGUGAGACCAUUUCUGCAAGGUGCUUUCUAUCCUAAAUUCCUCUCUCAUCUGUUCCACUGUGCAGACCCCUCAGGAACAGGAAAACACAGAGCCAAUCACUCAUUUAUGCCAGAUUCUCCUCAGCUUGUGGGGCUUUUCAUAGCUAUUUUUGUCUCCUCCAUCUGUCCAUUGCCCCAUAUAUCCUAAUGCACCAAUAAAACCUUCCUAAGCAACUGG